AUGUCUGCCGGAUAUCGUGGAAUUCCAAUGCCUGCGCCAAGCGUUCCCACUCCUCGCGGACUGCAAGCGAUUUAUGCCACAUUGAAACAAAUUUAUCCCGACCAACCUAAUCCGCUACAAGUCACUGCAUUAGUGAAAUACUGGUUAGUGUACUUGCAAGUUAAUCAUGUAGUUACUUAUGCCCUUACUAUAGUCUUACUGGCAGUCAAUAUGCUGUAGUUUUUAGUGCGCGUUUUGAUACGUACUGAGAUGUGACGUUCCAUCGGGACGUUCCAACUUUUUUUUCCACCCCCUCCACCUACUUCCGCCCCCGCUGAGGAUGGCAAGUUUUUCCAAAGGGGGAUUUGGUGUUCUUAUCCCCUAAGCUGACAAAAUUUCAAUCUUUCAUAUUUUUUUUCAAACAUGCUUAUUAAAAAUUGACUAAAAAGAUUUAAGUUUUCAAAGGAUUCAGACACAAAAAAUGGAGAUUCAGAAUCUUGGGGGGGGGGGGGGGUUGUUAAAAAAAUAAAAAAAACUUUUUCAAAAAGGAGUUGCUGUGCGAUCACAAGCUCUUAGACAAACCCAAUUUUAGUGUGCACCCACAAUUUAGUCUGUGGAGUUGGUUUGCUUGUUACGGUCUGUAGGUCAGCAACAUCCACUCUGGCUUAACUCAUUCAAAUAUACUGUUAAUAUUUUUAUUUAUGUUCAUAGAAAAAUAAAAAAAAGAAAAAAUAUUUGUAGUGGAUAGAAGAGUAGGGAAAGAAAAAGUAAAAGAGGUGGGGGGGGGGGGGGGGGGGGGGGGGGGUUGUACAAAAAUUAAACAUCCUAUUUCCAAAGCAAGUUUCAGACCUCACUGACUGCCCUGAGCAAGACCACUUUUUCAGUUGAACUCCAAUUUAAUAUCUGGUGGUGUCUUUAUCUUGACAGGCUUGGAGGUCCUGACCCACUGGAUUUCAUCAGCAUGUUUAAUAACCCAGGGAGUCCUAUGGAAGGUAUUCCAUCUCACUGGCAUUAUGUUUCAUCUGGAUUAUCAGACCUCCAUGGUGAUGGCCGUGUCCAUGAGUAAGGAGUGCAUUAUUUAGUAAACUUUUUGCAGUCUCUGUCAGUUAGGUAUACUGUAGGUGGAAAGAAAUAGGUUCUGAUUUCCUGAUUCUCCAAUUUAUAUUUUCCCCUAUUUUCGCCAAGUAGAUGUCUUUAUUUCCACCCUGGACCUUUUUGUUGUAUAAUUUGCUCAUUAGAAAAAUUUUACAUAUUCUCGGUUUUCACAUGACAUCACCAAAAUUCAAAGGAAGGAAUUGUCGAUUCUUCUGAGUUUCUACUUUCAUGAGGUAUUACUGCGGCAAAACACCUUUAUUUAAACAAAUCUUCGGUUGGAAAGGGUUUUCCGUUUUGCAAUAGAGGACACUUGAAUUUCCAGGCUUUUGCAUGAUAUGGCAUUUAGCUGGUGACCAGGAAAGCUCUUAAUAAAUAUUACUUUAAUCUUUAUGAGUUCUUUAUGAAUUUGCACAUUUGUAGUAACACUCAAAGACAGAUCUUUCUGUUGGUUUCCGGCGGCAACAUUUGUGCCCCUUCCAAGGGACACCAACAUGGCAUCUCCAUACAAAGCUUUAUAAAUUUGGGUAAAACCUUUUUCCAAAUAUCCCACAUAUGAAAUGUUGCACAGACCUGAUUCUUUGCGAGGCUCUUUGUAUAUUUAUCUUCUUUCAUUUCCCAGAUUUGGGACUUUCUGUUUUGAAUGGUUUGCAGUUAAAUUUGUGAUGGUGUAACAGUGAAAACAGAGAAUUUCUUGAACUUUCUACCAUGCCACAUACCAUUAACCAACAGUGAUAGCUUUUACUACAGUGUGGGCUAAAGUGGGCCUCCUUGCCAUGGUUGGUCAAGAAGAUAUCUAAUCUUUUUUCCCUAAAAGCAAGGAAAUAUCUUUGAGUGUGACACUUGGCAUCAGAAAUCCAUGCAUAUUGUUCAAAAUUACUUAAGAUUAAUUGCUUACUGUUGAUGAAAUCAUCAUUUUGCACAGGGUUACCAGGCAAGACGGUCCUAGUGGGUUUGGGUUUGAGCUCACAUUUCGACUGAAAAAGCAAGCUGGAGAGACAUCACCACCCAGCUGGCCAGCAGAAUUACUGCAGUCUCUGGCCCGUUAUAUUUUCCAAACAGGUGUGCAGAUUACAGUUGGUUUAAAAAUGCAUUGCUGUGACAAACCAUUUCGCUAGCUAUGGUUACACAUCUAAGUCAAAAGCUUGAGAGAGAACAUAGCAAAAUGCACUAGAAAAAUACCUGUAUGUAUAAUAUAAAAUUAAUAAUAAAUAGUAUAUCAUCUAUCUCCUAAAAUGAAACGGAUUUUAUGGGCCCUUUUUUCUUAAUUCACUUAAAUUUUUAUCUUUGAUUGUUCUGAGAGUGGCCCUGUAAUUUGUCUUUUCUUCAACAGAUAACACAUUACAGAGUGGUGACCAUGUGUCAUGGCACUUGCCAUUAGACCAGACGCCUUCCACUGCUGGUCAGUAUGACUGUAACCCAUCUCACAUACAGCACAUGUUAAUGGCAGAUGACCCACAGUUGCCACUGAUUACAAGUCCCUUGGGAUCUGUGCGCUUCAUACAGGUUAGGCAAAUGUUAGGAGAAAUUUGUGUGAAUUACUUCUAUAAAACUAAAUGAUAGUUUUGUUAAUGUCAUCAAAUUUAAAGAGGCUUUGUUUUAUGAAAGGUGGUUGGAAUUUGCUCAGAAGAACUACAAGCAGCUCAGCAUUGGAAUGGCCCUGCAGUUUUGGAUCUUCUGCGAAGUGUUCCCCCGUAAGUGGUGUACAUGUGAUCCCCCAUAAAACGAUAUUAUGGUGGAAAUUUAGAGCAAAAUUAUGCUUUUGGAAUCCUCAAGGUUCUAAAUGGUACAAGUUGUUAUAUCUUCCCCACUGAGCUGUUGCCUAUUUUUUACUUUUCUCAUUUAUACAAACGAAAACAACAAUUUUUGUCUACAUGUUUAAAAAAAUAUUGAUUUCAUUUUAAUGUAUUAGCUAUUUUAACACCACAUAAUUAUCAUGCCAUAACUACCCGUAUUUCACAUUUUUUAUUAUUUAUUUGGUAAGGAGGAGGCAGAUCAGAUCAGGGUGCAGAUCAGGGUGCAGAUCAGCAUGUGUUUUAUUCAGUUAAAUAUCAUCUUUUUCAUCUUUUUUUUUAGGGCUGGUGGACCCUGGCUCAUAACAGAUCUGGAUAGAAUAGAAUCAAUUUUUGUUAUUAAUCCCAACCUUCAGGUAACUUAUAAUGUGUUUUUAUUUGCUUGAACUAUAGUCGCUACCAUUAUUGUUAUCACCUAUCAGUACACUUCUUUGGUGUGGAAAUUUUUCAUUAAAAAUAUCUUGCUAGAAGACAGGCCGGACUUAUGUUGGGUCAAAACUGCUUAAUGUACUCUAAGACACACUUUAAAGGAAAGUCUGAUAAGAAAUACCAGUAACUGUUUUUAAUCAACACUCAAAAUGUUAUGACUUGUGCAUAUUAAAGUACAACAAAGUCAACCAGGGUCCCCAACAUUUUAUUGGUCAAUCAAAAGUCACAUUCAUAGCGAAAUAAGCCAUCUGACUUAGUAGUUUGUAAGCCAAUCAAGACUAUUAAGAACAACAAAUAGCCCUCAGUUAUGUUUGUUACACUGUAAGUAUUCUAAAUUACUGGUAUAGGCUGAAGUUAUCAAUUUGAAUACUUCUAAAAUUGUCUAAAUAUUAUUAAUUAUUACAUGUAUAUUCCUGUAAACGGAUAGUUCAAAGGUAUUUUUAUAUUUCUUUACCUGCUGGCACAUCCGAGCUUUUGUUGAGGCAAUUUUAAUGCAGUGAGGUUGUUCACCUUCAUUUAAGACAGGGACUUAGUUGUCCUUUUUAAUGAAACUUCAGUAAUAUCUAUCACUGUAAAACAGGAAAGAGUGUCAAGUGGAAUCAAGAAAGAAGGUUCAAAUCUUAGUGGUGUAUAUGCAAAGUGUUGGUGGGAAGAAAACUUUAUCAACAACUCUCCAGGUCACCAUGCUGGAUUUCCUCCAGGUUCAUCUCACGAUGCCAUGAUAGUGAGAGAUGUUGCUGCUCGCUUUCCUGUGCUACCACCAAUAAAUUCAGGUUCUGCAUUAGAGAGAAGAUCGGCUUGUAGCAGCGUUUUGAGUGAAAUAUCACGGACAAGGACACUUCGUGGAGUUCAUCUUAGGUUUGGGUUGGAAGCAGCGAUGCUUUUGCCACUUGCUAUGAGGUAAGUACUGUGUGAGCUUCAAGGUCAAUGGUGCAUAAAAAAUUUUGGAGCCGAUCAUGAAUCUUGGAAUGGUUAUGAUGAGUCUCAAAUUCUCAUUUUUUGUGGACGGUACUCAUUUCAUCUUGAAGUCUUGACCAUUUUGCUUAAAGUCUCAGAUUCUUGAUAAGUCUCAGAUUUUACUACUAACCAUUCCUGUUUGUUAAGCACCUUUAGGGGGAAAUAAUCUGCUUUUGAGUCAUAUCCACAUUUUAAUGAAUCGCCAUAUACAAUCACUUCUUAUAUUAAGUAACCAGCUCCUCUAAAUGGCCACCCAAUCAAAAUACCGAGCUCGACCGAGCACCCGCAGUGAUAGUUUCUCUCACAAGAGAUCAUAUGUGACUGCCGAGUCUUGGCAUUUUGGGAAGGUGCUUAGUUAUCAGUAAAAUUACAACAGCGAAUAAUUAAUUCAGUUUACAAUUGAAAGUUCUUAGUCAUUGAUUUGUACAGUGAAUGUAUAAUUCAUUCUUUUUAUGACUAACAGGGUUGUCAGUAAGACUUCUUGUAGCAGGAGAAAGGUGUAAUGUUACAGGAGAAUAUUUUUGAAAAAGCCUCCAUGUCUGUACAAAAAGAAGUCAUAGGUUAUCGAACAUUACCCAGAGAAUUCUGUACAAUAAACGGAGAAUUCUCCGAUGCCUAAUGAACACCCUGUUACUCCUUUACUGCUUUUAUUUUUUUCAGGGGCCGUCUUAAUCAUGGGCGACACUUCACAUUUCACAGUUCCAUGAGUGAUAUGGCCAUCACAUUUCUAACUCCCAAUGUCACAGGUUCCAUAACAGAUAAUGAUCACAAGUUUGCUGCCUGUGGUACCUGGCUUCAGGUGUGUUAAGGUUAUUUAUUUGAAAUGUAGUAUCAGCUGUGCCUCAUUUCUGGAUCUUUGUGUCAAGCAAAUGACUAUUCAGAUCUCAAAGUUUUGGAGAAUUUAAGUCUCAACAAAUCAAGUGUUUGGUUGAGGAGAUUAAUGUUUUGUUUUUCUGCAAAAACGAUAGUAAAUCACAUUCUUGGAAUUGUUUUAAGGCAAGGAAGUUGAGAAACUCUUGUCACUGGAACCUUUUGAUUCAUGCAUAUCUAAAUUUGAAUUUUGAGAUAGCAGGAUCACCUUUGAACAACCAUGUUGGACUGUAGCUUUCAAUCUUGCUUCUUCCAGGUAGUAUUUGUUUUGUCUUUUGGACAUAAAGGGCUCCAAAUUAUUGACCAAGCCUUAUAGGACAUAUAAUAAGUGCUUGAUGAAAACCGUAGCUACUUCUGCUUAACAUAGCAGUCUAUGAUUAGAUGACAGUCUCUCUUUGCCUCUAGCCAGAAUUGCAUUAUCAAAUUAUAGUGUUUGUUAUAGCCAGAAUGCCGGGUAAGGUUCAUCCAGAUGGGUACUUCAAUAUUAAAAACAAUUGUGCCAUACUUUUAAUGGGCAUGUUGUAUCAGGGUGCAAAGAAAGUCAGUUUUACGGCUUGCCAUUCUGGCAAGUUGUCGCUAGUAUGUACUACCCCAAGAGUCUUUUAAGUAGCCAAAAAAGAUUUUUGAUGAGUAGCAUUGAUUACAGUUCUUCUGUAAUUUGACUUUCCCAAAAAACUUCACUUGCCGUUAAGUUAAGAACAGAAUUCACUAGCCUGAUUGCAAAAUCCACUAGCCCUGGGCUAUCGGACAUGACUUUGUUUGCACACUGUGUAUUGGCCAGCUGUUCAUUCAAAUAAUAUUCUUUCAGAGUACUUCAGUUCUAGUUAGCCGGUAUUACAAAACUGGCUUCUUGCCUGCUCUUCAUGUGUUUUAUCAGGUUUUGAUUACAGAGGACUUCUUGCAAAGGCUUGAUAAAGAUGUGGAUGAGUUAACAAGACCAAGUGAGGUAAAUAUUGUCAAAAUAUUGUCUACUAUCAGUGACAAACUAUCAUUGGCAAAGGUCAGGGUUGGAUCCCUGGUCAAGCCUAAAUUUUUUCAGGUUCUUUUUCAACAGCUUAGUUAAUGUUUAUUCAACUGUGAGGAUCAUAUCCACUGUUAUACAUUUGCAAGACGUUUGUUGCUCUUUCCUGCCAGGGCUUUACAAUAAGGAUUAAAUUAGCCCAAAUGACAUAUGAUCUGGGUGGGUACAGGUGGUGACAAAUAACAAUGGGAAUACAUGUCAGACAGUGUCAGAUUAAAAUAAACCAACAAGGAAUAUUUUAGAUCUGGAUUUAUUUUUCAUCAUCAUAACCGAUAUCUUUGGCUUAACGAUUGUAUUCCUUUUUCCAGAUCAGACUUCCAAGGGAGUAUCGCUGGCCAAGAUAUGGAAUGGUCAUCUCUGUUCUUCCAGAUGAAUAACAUGUUACCAAACUUCCGACAAGGCUUCAACCGCUGUAUCUACAAACAACUGAACAAAAAGGAGAUCCAAAUCUUUAGUUCACAACCAUUGCGUGACUCUGUGUUGUUCUAGAAGAAAUUUCCAAACCUCGUCUACAUGCGCCGUUUUUUCAAUGAUCUAACAUCCAGUCCAUUCUUGUUGAGAUGCCAUCUGCCUUGGAAUUUUCAAUGUUAUUUUUUUUCCAAAGGGUCGAGCAAUUUUGAUCCAGAGUGGAACAUUGUAUCAUUUACAAGGAGACUGACUGGGUAAUUAGUAAUAGAUCUUUAAAAUGCCGUGUGGUAAGCUGUUUGGUAUGUAGUCUAUAAUAGCCUUUCAAAAAUGUCUGGGCUUGAUGUAAAGAGAAUGAAUUUUAUGAGGCUGUUCAUUUUUACCAGUUGCACUUAAGGUGGCUGAACACAGUUUUGCGGGUGGUCAGCGGUAACUAGCGUGAAGGCGCGUGUUUUAAAUUAGACACACAAACAUGGCAGUUAAAAAGCAAUGGUACACAGAAGACGAUUUCUCAAAAUCUACACAUUAAAAUUUUGUGAUAUUUGGCAGAGUUUUUACUUUUAUUGUAUUUUAAAUCAUGAGAACUUUAAAAUGGAAGUUGAACAGACGGAUUUUGUGACACAUUUAAUAAUUACAGUACCAUUAUACUAUUGAUUAUCUAAAAUCCCGUCUGUUAAAAUUUGGUAAAAUAAGUUUCAAAUGGUAAUAAUAAUUAGUUAUAGUAAGCUGUGUGCAAGUUUAUAGGAAAAUCUAAUGAGCGAAUUUUAUGUAAACUGAGGAAAAGUGGAAUUUUAAGGCUGUAUUCAAUCGUUUAUGUUGCCAUGGAAACUACGAAAACGUCAAAUUUUACCUGUCAAUCAAAAUUUUUCAUCAGUGUAUUUUUCACUUGCCAAGUUUCAGCUUGUGAGCUGCAACCUUCCUCUUGCCAUGAUUUGGCAAAUGACACACACUCAUAAAUUGCCAAAACUGUGUUCAGACACCUUAAUGUAUCACGUGGUGUGACAAAUUGUAUGUAUGUGUGCAACAAUAAUUCAAUGAAAAUGAUUAGCAGGUAAUCCACAUAGCAUAUAUUUGAGAAAAACAAUUUAGUGCCCCAAUCCAGUUGCAUGUUUUAGUUAAAGUUUAAUGUACAGUUUAUGCACACAAAUAGCAAAUCAGUC